AUGGCUGAGUGCUUCGACGUGCGCGGCAAGCCGCUGGGCCAGGCGACGCACUGGUCGGAUCCCGAGGUGUUCGGAUCGCGCGCCUUCUUCCGCACUGUGUCCGAGCCGGCCGUGCUGCGGCUCGAGGACGUGCACCUGCGCGACGAGGGCGUCUACCGCUGCCGCGUCGACUUCCGCAACACGCCGACGCGCUCCGCCAAGUUCAACCUCUCCGUCAUCGUGCUUCCGGAGAGACCGCAGCUUCUCGACCGCUGGGGGCGCAGCCUGGGGUCGACCCUGGGACCGUUGCUCGAGGGGGACCCUCUGAUACUCACGUGCAGGGUCCAGGGAGGCAAGCCGGAGCCGAGGGUGCGCUGGCUACUGGACGGCGAGGCGCUGGACGAGGAGUGCGAGAAGAACGCGGGUGACGUCAUCGAGAACAGGCUGACGUUCCGCGCGGUGGCGCGCAGCGACCUGGGCGCCGCCUUCACCUGCCAGGCGACCAACACGCGGCUGGCUGAGCCGCGCGAGGCCACCAUCCGUCUCGAUCUGCACCUUCGGCCCCUGGAAGUGCGACUGACGGAGCGGCCGGACCAGCUGGAGGCGGGCCAGCGCUACCAGGUGGCGUGCGAGUCGACGGGGUCCCGGCCGCCGGCGGUCAUCACCUGGUACAAGGGCAACCGUCCGCUCAAGAGGUUCCGGGAGGAGACUCUCGACAACUCGACGCUGAGCGAGCUGAUCUUCGUGCCGUCCACGGAGGACGACGGCAAGGUGCUGACGUGCCGCGCCGAGAACCCCAACAUCACCGGCGCCUACCUCGAGACCAGCUGGACGCUCAGCGUGUUGUUCGCCCCCAUCGUGUCUCUGCGGCUGGGCCCCACACUCAACCCUGACGACAUCAAGGAGGGAGACGACGUCUACUUCGAGUGCCACGUCAGGGCCAACCCGCCGUGGAGGCGCCUCUCCUGGCUGCACGACGACGCGCCGCUGAGCCACAAUCAGAGCGCGCACGUCAUCCACAGCAACCAGAGCCUGGUGCUGCAGAAGGUUUCGCGCCAGGGUGCCGGCCGCUACGUCUGCGUCGCCGCUAACGCCCAGGGAGAGGCCGCCUCCAACGAGCUCGACUUCCGGGUCAAGUACGCGCCGACGUGCCAGCAGGAGCGCAUCAUGGUGGUGGGCGCGUCACGCUCGGAGACGCUGGACAUCGCGUGCCACGUGGACGCCGAUCCGCCGGCGCGCGCCUUCCGCUGGAAGUUCAACAACUCCGGCGAGACGAUGGAGGUGUCGACGGAGCGCUUCUCCAGCAACGGCUCGGAGUCUGUGCUGCGCUACACGGUGCAGUCCGACCUGGACUACGGCUCGCUGUCCUGCUGGGCCGACAACGCCGUGGGCGUGCAGCAGGCGCCUUGUGUCUUUCAGGUAGUGGCAGCAGGCAAGCCGUUCCCGGUGCGCAACUGCUCGCUGAGCAACCAGACGGCCAGCUCGGUCGAGGUGUGGUGCCAGGCGGGCUUCGACGGCGGCCUGCCGCAGACCUUCGUGCUCGAGCUCUUCUCGGGCUCCGCGCCGCGCUACAACCUGACGGCGGCCGACGCGCCCGUCUUCCUCCUCGCCGACCUCGAGCCGGAGGUCACCUUCCGGGUCGCCGUCUUCGCCGUCAACGCCAAAGGACGGAGCCCCGCCGUCCUCAUCGAGGAGAUCACCUUCCGGGACGCCGAGCGACGCACCGCCUCAGAGGGCGUGUCUAUGUCGCUGCCGCCGCUGCUGGGGGCGGUGGCGGGGGCGGCGCUGUCGCUGCUAGCGGCGGCGCUACUGGUGGCGGUCCGCCUCCGCUGUUCUGUGUUGCCAGAAUGCACGGGGGGCAGCGACCAGCUGGUGGUGCGUCGCGUCUCGCCGCCCGCGCGCCCCACGCCGCCGUCCAGCGGGUCUCCAGCGCCGGGUCAGCCGCUCUGGCCGCAGCCGCGCACCUCCUCGCCCCUGAUGACGUCACCGACGGAGCAGGCGACGUCCUCGGCCAGCUCGGAGAGCGGCGGCGCCCCGCGGCCCCGGGACCUGCGCCUCAGCAGGCACUCGCCGCCCCCGCAGCCCACCACCCCCGCGCCGGACCUCGAACUCAACGGUCACGCCAUCAAGGAGCGCCUCAUGACGUCACGAAUCCCUGAGAGUUGCGUAUGA